CGCCGGAAGUUGGCGUAGCCGGGCGGUUCCGCUCUCGCCGUCCCGCGGUGGGCUGGAGAGACUCCAGCUUACGGUGAACCGGAGAGGCCGCUUCCCGGGUUUCGGAGCCUAGUGUCGCCAUGACGACCCAGGGGAGCCUCGUGGCCAAUCGAGGCCGGCGCUUCAAGUGGGCCAUUGAGCUGAGCGGGCCCGGAGGAGGCAGCAGGGGACGAAGUGACCGGGGCGGUGGACAGGGAGACUCGCUCUAUCCGGUUGGUUACUUGGACAAGCAAGUGCCGGACACCAGCGUGCAAGAAACGGACCGGAUCCUGGUGGAGAAGCGCUGCUGGGACAUCGCUUUGGGUCCCCUCAAACAGAUUCCCAUGAACCUCUUCAUCAUGUACAUGGCAGGCAAUACUAUCUCCAUCUUCCCUACCAUGAUGGUGUGUAUGAUGGCUUGGCGACCCAUUCAGGCACUUAUGGCCAUUUCAGCCACUUUCAAGAUGCUAGAGAGUUCAAGCCAGAAGUUUCUUCAGGGUUUGGUGUAUCUCAUUGGGAACCUCAUGGGUCUGGCAUUGGCUGUUUAUAAGUGCCAGUCGAUGGGACUACUGCCUACACAUGCAUCAGAUUGGUUAGCCUUCAUUGAGCCUCCAGAGAGGAUGGAGUUCAGUGGAGGAGGACUGCUUUUGUAAGACAGAAGUACUGAUUCCUAUAGAUUUGGAUCUCAUUUAUAACCUUCUUUAUGUCCAGUUUCUCUUCGUCGGCAUACUUAACACUAUCACUUAUGCUGAAAAGAAUUAGAAGUCAGUUUUCUUCAUCCUGGAGACACUCCAGCAAGA